AUGAAUUCACGAACUGUUCCAUGCAUACGUAUUGAUUAUUCAAACCUAUAUCCUUGUGGAACUUUGAUCAAUAAACAAAUCUAUACUGACAUCAAUGAAGCUGAUGUAGAUGAAUUCUACUUACGUUUCGAAGAAAAUGAUGAACAAAAAACUAUAUUUCGUAAAUGGACCGAUGAAUUACUACAAACUAAUGAUAAAGACAUAAUUAAUAAUAUAUUUGAAGAAUAUAGAAGAUUAUGGCGUUCUCGUAAAUAUGGAUCACGUUUCUUUGAUUUACAUGGUCGAGAAUUUCAGAAUUUUGCUAUCAAUCUAACAAAUCAUAUGGAACAAUCAGAAUGGCGUCAGUUAAGUAUGUCUAAGAGUCAUGCUGAUCGUCGAAUUCUUCGCAGUCGAGUGUACGCCAUUGGUUCUCGUGAUGAUAUUGAAUGGAAUGGCAAAUUUAUCGAUGAUACAGAUGAAAGGAAGAAAAAGAAAUUGGAGAUGACCCAACAUUUACAAUCUCUAGAACUCUUUGACUGGUUUGCUCCAAAUUAUGAAUUGCAUGAGUUCAAUUUAUUUGAAUCAGAUCAUGAUUUAGAAAUAAGAAUCACAAGACAAGGUACACAAGAGACUAUCGAAGAAUUAUAUCAAAAUAUGCAAAAUGAACCGAAGUUGAUUGCAUGGGUCAAUUUUGCAGCCAGUCAUAAUGUUUGUGGUAGUUAUAGUGUUGAUUUCGGUGGAUCUCAAGAAGAAGAAGUCGCUACCAAUUGUGAUGGAGCAGUAUUGCUAGGCACGCUAGGUUAUUUUGUUGAAACAGGAUUGAAAUCACGGGUACGAGGAAGAUGGAUAUCUUAUAAGACAGGUAUGCAUAUUCCUCCAGGUGGAAAUUAUUGGGCAAUAACCAAAUUUGUGACAGGUCCAUUUCAUGUCGAUUGUGGAAUGAUUGCUACUGCUUUUGCCGAUUUUCGUCAUUACAUUCCAAUAUUUUGUCCAUAUUCUGAACGAAAAUAUUUUUACACACUAAUUGGAAAUGUUAAAAAUGAAGAAGAAUUGGAGAAAAGAUGCAUAAUCGAUAUUGAGGGUGUUCUAAAAACAUGUUUAGCAAAACAAGUACAUACUUUAGUUACGGGUGCCAGUGGAUGUGGAGCAUUUCGUCAUAAUCCAUAUGUAGAAGCAAAACUAUGGAAAAAAUGUCUGGAGAAAAAAGAGUAUAGAUGUGGAUCCUUGAAACAAGUGAUCUUUGCUGUAUUAGACAGUGAAACAAGUGAUAAUUGGAUCGCAUUUCGUAAUGAAUUCAGUACAUUACAAAACAUUGAAAACAAAAUGUGA